CAAAAACGUGUGGAGCACUCCUUACAACAGCCGCGACGCAGCCGCCAUGUUAUCCACGUAAACACGGGACUAGUUGUGAUGACGUCAUACUACCCCGGGACCACGCCCACGCACACCUCGGUUUUGAGCUCUUGGAAGAAGGAUGUGGACGGUAUACAUACCGGCAGGAGAUGGUGGCCGGUGUCUUCUCAUCACUGGUGCUGUACAGCUUAUUGUCUGGCAGAUCUUCAGUUCCACCCAUCGUCUUUUUGACAUCUUUACGAGUUUCCAUCCAAAGAUGGACAGUCCCUUCUUACACACGGCCCUGCUCUGGACUGCAGAACUACCGACAGAAGAAACACCUCCAGACGGCAGGGGGCGACAUGCAGAAACGCGGACAGGCAAAUUGCGUCGAUGGUAACUGAAAUGAAACAGAACAUAAUGAUUUAGGGACCAUUUUCAUUUAAAGAUCAUGACUUGUAUCUUGACUCUUCUGCAUAUUACCAGAAGGCCGAUAUUUUGCAAGCGGACCUGUGUGACAUCCCAUCUCACUGCACUGCACAGCACGCCCGCUAAGAGUGAGGCGCAGGGACCAGGACAUGAGAAUGAGUCCUUGUUGGAGAACCUGACAAUCCUAGGGGUAGAUGUGAGGAUGGUUCGUCGGCGGCAGCCCGGUGUCCUGAAGAGGUCUGUCACCAAUGAGCAUGGGCUGACGCACUUCUUGCAGAGUAAGGGCGCGAGUCGCGAGAUGGUGGCCAGCAUCAUCUCCCGCUUCCCACGGGCCAUCACACGUUCUGGGGAUCACCUGGAGCAGCGCUGGGAGCUUUGGAGGAGGGUCUUCAAGAGUGAUGGCGAGAUCGUGAACAUCCUGGCCCGCUCUCCCGAAUCCUUCUUCCGCUCCAGUGACAACGGCAACCUGAAGAAGAACAUCGUCUUCCUUGGCUCUCUGGGACUCAGCUCCAAAGACCUGUACCGCUUGCUGACCACAGCUCCACGUACCUUCUCCAACAGCCUGGAGCUCAACCAGCAGAUGGUGGAGCUGCUGAGGGACGUGUGCCUGAGCUUGGGGGGGAAGGAUCCGGACCAGUUUGUCAGGGCUAUCAUCUCUAGGAACUCGUACGUCCUCAUCCGAAGCACCAAGCGCAUCAAAGGCAACGUCAACUUCCUGCAGGAGACUCUCGGCCUGAGCAGCUCGAAGCUGCUGGAGCUGCUGCAAGGCCAAGGUGCGGAGGUCCUCGACCUCUCCAACGAGUAUCUCCUGAACAACUUCAGGGACAUACAGCAGAAGCUGCUCUCCCAGGGCUGCAGCCAAGACGAAGUCAAAACUCUGAUCAUCAAAUACCCUCCGGUGCUGUACAUUUCUUGGGUGAACCUGAGGAAUAAAAUAGACUGUCUGCAGGAUGGAGGUGUAAAUAUCAAACAGAUAGUACAAAAGCCCAAGGUGUUGGAAUUUAGUAUUGACAAUCUCAAGAGACGCUUAAAAGAACUACAGGAGAUAGCCUAUGAUUUUGAGAAGAAUGGCAUUGGUAUUUUAGACUCCAGUCAACGCCGAUUUGAUGCUAAGUUAUUACGCCUUUCUGGGCAAUAGGUAAUAUAAAAUUGGUUUUUAUAGUGUAUCUCUAAGUUUUUUAAAUAAAUAUAUUGCACUCUCCAACUAUUGAAGGAAUGAGGUCUUUAACUUUUUUGUGUACAGUACAGAGCUAAUAAGGACUGAUAUGUAGUUUAAAACGCGAUUUUUAUUUUAAAUACUUUUCUUCUCUUUAAAAUAAAGGAUAACGAUAUGGAUUGACUUUCCAAAAA